GGAAAAUUCCGGUCGCUGUCAUCUGGACAGUGAAGAUGCAAAUUGCGCCCUGCUCAAUACAUUAGCAAAUACCUUCCCUACCAACACUAUCCCGAUAAUUAAAUUGUCAGACGAGGCUCAGCGACCAACGUGUUUGCGAAUUACAUUGCGAUUUAAUAUUACUCCGCCAUGUUCUCCGUCAUCAUCCCAGGCAGACCCUGCCUGACCGACAUAGUCGCCGUUGACGGCCAACCAAACGGCCAGCCGACAAAGUUUGCCUUCACAUUCCCUCUUACGCCCUCGUUCACGGAUGUCGUCGUAUUCUUCCUCCCCGGCACCGUCCUCCCGCAAGACACAGCAGCGGCAAUCUACAUCCAAUUACCAGAGCAAACACCCUCCCUCAACGGCCCAGCAUUCCGCUUCAUAGGCGCACUAGCAAACGAGAAACCCUCCGCAGUAUUCAAAGUCCGCCCCGGCGAAACACAAUCCACACCGCAGCGCUCAGAAGCCGAAGACCAAGAUGAAAUGCUCGACGAAGAUGCAAGCAACCUCUCCGGCGGCGCGUCGUCGGGAGGCAUGGUAACGUUGGGAAUUUCAAUCGAGCCCGUUCAGACCGUUGCGCCGCAGCUGGCGCAAUUAGAGACUGAAAAGCCGGCUACUGCUGGGGCGUCGACAGAUCUUGUGCGACAUUCUCCUGAGCAGAGGCAGAGGAAGGAGGUUUCGACGAAGGUGCUUGCGCAGAGGAUUAUUGGGAAUGCGUUUAAUUUUCUGGCGAGUUUUGCGGCGCCGGAUGCGAAUCAUCGGGGGGAGGAGGUUGUGACAUUGAAGAGCUUUCGGGAUUGGUGGACAAAAUUUGAGAGAAGGGUGGAGAUGGACCCGUCAUUUUUGGAGAAGGAGGAUCCGAAUGCUCAGGGGUGAUCUCUUCGCGCUUUUUUUUUUUUUUUUUUUUG